AUCUCCGCGAGUUCGAUUGUGUUCGCGACGUUCGCCGUAGACCCGUUCCUGAUCCGAUACCGAGAUCACCGAAGCAACAGCAACUAAGGGCGAUAGUUUAAAUCCGGACCAGCGAUCCGUGAGUCACCGUGCCAAGUUUCAAAGGCAACCGAAGCCUAUGCCACCGUGGACGGAACACCCGAAUUCCGGAGUGCUACGAAAAUGAUUCUCUGGCCGAACUAUGUAACCGAAAGUGAAACCGAACGGCACCGUAGUAGCCCCAUCGUUGUGACAAGUUUUGCCAUUGUUACGUAAAAACCGGCGUCGAGUGUGUGUGUGUGUUGACCGAAGAACCGAAACGUUACGUUAAUAACCCUAUCGAAGGCGGUCGUCAAGGCGGAAGAAGUGUGAAGAUUAUUAUCAUACAAGCUAAGAAAGAGAAGAGGGGAGACGAGUGAACGAAAGAAAAGUGACAACCCACGAAAAGGAGCAGCAGGGAGGACAUUAAGGGUGGUGGCUCAAUGACUUUCUAGCCGAAGCUCGAUCAUCUCGAGGGACCGAGGGACGGGUCGAGCAUGGCUCUCGAUUGGAUGCGAAGUCGGAUUCGGAGAGGCUCCCCUGGCCCGGGAAUGAGGAGCCGCCGCAGUAAACCAGUGACGUCAGCGACGAUGCCGAUGAGCCACUGCUGCCUGACGGUGGGGUGGAUCGUGUGUACGAUCCUGCUCAUCAUUCUACAGCAUCAAGGCACAGACUCCCAGGAGCUGAAUACCCCACCGCUGAUCACAGUGGAUCGUCAUUGGCGGAUCAAGGAAAACACAACGCUCGGUACCGUCAUCGCGCGUGUCCACGCGAACGACAACGAGGACGAUACGCUGGAGUUUGGCAUGGAUGCGUUAGUCGCCGGUCAAGAUCAACCGUUCGCAAUCGAUCCACAUACCGGCAUCGUGACGCUAAACAAAAGUGUCGAAGGACGGGCGGGUCAGAACUUUUUCGUCUACGUCACCGUGACCGAUGGUAGCGUAACGUCGAAGAACGAGGUGUACGUUAACAUACUGGCCAGCAAUGCGACGGGACUGUACAAAUCGCGUCCACCCCAGUUUACGCCCAGUAUCGACAACAUCCGGCAGAUACUGCCACCCGGCUUUAACCUGCCCGGUAUGAGCUCACGGCCGCAGGUUCCACUGCCCCUGCUGCCACCGCAGUUUACCCGAAGUCCACCACCGAUCCAGCAGCAGGAGUUCGAUCUAACCGGUGACGGUUACGGUGUAACGCCACCAUCGACGAAACAAACCAAAACGUAUCCAGAUCGACCGAUCGGGACAGUGGCAGCGGUGGCACCGGAAGUCGAAAACCCACCGGACACUAACAGUGCCGUCGACAGUACGCUCGACGUUAAUGGAGCUCCAAGCAAUACAACCAAAUUGUCGAUACCUUCAAGACCUACCAUCAGCAGCAGCAGACACCCUCCAACGGUUGCCAGCCAUCCGACGGUGGGACCUCCCUUCACGACCACCGCUACUACGGUUCACGGUCCGGUGCGUGCCCACCCGGCCCACGGCGCCAGUGAGGAGGCGAGCACGAUCAAGAUCCUACUGCCCGUCAUCAUCUCGGUUACGAUCAUCUUCGUCAGUGCGGGCCUGAUCGCGAUCUGCAUCUUCCGGAAGUACCUGUGCGCCAUCAGCAAGACGCUGAAGAAGAAGAACAAAAUUGAUAAAGCCAAAAAGUCAAACCAAAGCAACGCCAGCAGCAACAUCACGUCGGGCACGGAGGACAGCCGGAAUUCGAUCGGGUUGAGCCACUGGAGCGGUCCGAUGGCGUUCAGCAACCGUUACACCUCACCGUGGGAGCGCGAUGCGAAUGGGCAUCUGCAGGCGACCUCGCAGCUGUCCGAAGAGUCGAACGCUUCGAUCACGAAGGAUCGCUGGGAGUUUCCGCGCCAUCGGUUGAAGGUGUUUAACAUACUCGGUGAGGGAGCGUUCGGGCAGGUUUGGCGCUGUGAAGCAACCGAUAUCGAUGGUCACGAGGGUGUCUCCAUUACGGCGGUGAAGACACUGAAGGAGAACGCGAGCGAGGCGGAGCGGAGUGACCUACUGUCGGAGCUGCAGGUCCUGAAGUCACUCGAACCGCACAUUAACGUCGUGCGGCUGCUCGGUUGCUGUACGGAGAAGGAUCCAAUCUUCGUUAUACUCGAGUACGUCAACAUGGGCAAGCUGCAGACCUUCCUGAGGAACUCACGGGUGGAGAAACACUAUGGCAAUACUCACGGCAAGUCUAAGAUACUCACCUCGGGUGAUCUCACCUCGUUCAUGUUCCAGGUGUCCCGUGGGAUGGAUUUCCUGACCUCGCGAGGAAUCAUUCAUCGCGAUCUAGCCGCUCGUAACAUUCUGAUCACCGAGGAUCACACCUGUAAGGUGGCCGAUUUUGGGUUCGCUCGGGAUAUCGUCACCUCGAAGGUGUACGAACGGAAGAGCGAGGGCCGUCUACCGAUCCGGUGGAUGGCGACGGAGUCACUGUACGAUAACAUCUUCACCGUCAAGUCCGACAUCUGGAGUUUCGGCAUUCUGAUGUGGGAAAUCGUGACGCUCGGUUCGACGCCCUACCCGGGCAUAGCGGCGGCCGACGUUAUGCGCAAGGUGCGCGAUGGUUACCGGUUGGAAAAACCGGAACACUGUCGGCGUGAGCUGUACAACAUUAUGUUCUACUGCUGGGCCAGCGAUCCCGAUGAGCGGCCCGGUUUCCCGGAGGUGGUAGAAAUGCUCGACCGACUGCUACAGACGGAGACGGAUUACAUCGAGCUGGAACGCUUCCCGGAUCACAACUACUACAACAUGCUAAACAUGAGCGGCGAGAAGCUGUAGCUGCCCGCGAUACUCAGUACCAAGCUUUUCACCUGUUUUUUGGGUUGUGAUAAGAUGACGGGCAAGCCCGUUACUGUUCCGCAUUCGUUUCCGAACUCUGCAGACACUAUUUAUAUCGGUGUGCUUUGACGAACGUUGGGCGGCGUUACGGAUGGUGGUUGAGACGAGUUUUAAAACAUUCGACAUUCUACUUGUAAAUAAGAGAGAACUGAUUUCGCCUUUCGUUCAUUGUACUAUUUCAUUGGGCUCUGCAUUGGGCCAGAGCGCGUGUUAAUUUAAGAAGGCAGCCAAUAAAACAUGAUCCUACAAUCAAUAAACAAAAAAAGAAAAACCCAACCGUUAAUUGGCUCAAAUGAAUUAACGAAGGCAUCGUUG